CCAAGCGGCAUUCCCAUCCUACUAGCCGUGCAUUUCCCAUUCACCGCUACGAAAACAAAACAAAACAUAGAUUGGUACGGUCGCUACGGUCACGUGAUCGCGCACAGCCUCCUGAGACACCACGAAGACAGAAGGCGAAAGUGCUCACGUGCACGCGGUACAAGAUGCACGCUACUUUAGCUGCGUUCUCCGGUCUUCUUAUUUUCGUUCACGUGACGGCGGUAACCUACCCCAAUUGGAACGGAAGUGAUAGUAGGGUUCUAAGAAAUUUUCCGGCACAGAGGAACCACAGCUCUACGCAUAGACAUUUAGGGGUACAUAGGCACGGUUAUAGGGCGGUUAAUAAAAAUGGUAACGGGGGGGAUGAAGGACACAGGGUGAAAGGAGGUGUUAGAGAUAGUGAGAUGGAAAAAAUGGUUGUAGACGCCAACACUGGUAUACAGUAUAACCCUUAUGCUAAACAUCAUCCAGGACGCCAUGUGUGUACCCGACAUUCUGAAAAACCAGUUAAAUCCAAACAACCUUAUUGUAAACCUACAUUCAAAAACUAUGUGAUACGAUGCCAAGGCAACCAAAUUUGUAAGGGUGUGAGAUUAGUUUAUGAGACACAUUAUAAAGAUGUAGUUACAACAAAAAGUUCUAGCGAUAUGGUUUUUACGUGCUGCCCAGGAUGGACCCAAGCUACCAACAAAAGUAACGGAUGUAACAAAGCAACAUGUAGCAAACCUUGUCUAAAUGGUGGUAAAUGCGUAAAACCAGAAAAAUGUGCGUGUCCAAAAGGAUUUGCAGGACUACAAUGCGAAAUUAUUGUUAAUAACCCUGACUGCCGAAAACAUUGUUUCAACGGAGGGCAAUGCUUAAAAAGAGAUUCAAUAGAUAUAUGUAAUUGUCCAAAAGGUUUCGAUGGUCCCCAAUGUGAAAUUAAUUUGAAUAAACCUUAUUGUACAAACGGUUGCGAAAAUGGAGGAAUUUGCAUACGACAUGAAUUAUGUCUCUGCACAAGGGGAUUUACAGGAAAACGAUGUGAAAUUGAUAUAGAUGAAUGUAGAGAACAAAAACCUUGCGAUCAAAUAUGUUAUAAUACACCUGGUAGUUAUAACUGUCAAUGUAAAGAGGAUUUUAUACUGCAGACGGAUGGACAGAGCUGCAGGAAAGAAGAUGAUGGAGAUGUCGGUUUGGAAGCUAAAGAUUUAGAAUUCGAAAUACUGGAUAAGAGGCUAUUGAAACUCGAAACCAUGAUGGAUGAAAGUCACAAAAACGAUGUAUCAAAAGAUGAUUUGCAACACUUAUACCGAGAUAUGAAUUCGAUUUCUCAAGAUAUAAGCAGUUUGAAGAACAAAAUCAAUGAUGUAGAGAAUUACAAAAACGAUAUGUAUGUGUUCAAAAAUAAAUUAACCACGAUAGAGAAGAAAGCUGAAAAAGUAGACGAACUAAUGUUGAAAUAUGACAGGAUGAAAAAAUGUGCUUUUUACAACAAAAUAUGUAUGUGAGAAGUUCUGACUGAUUAUUUUAAGCUAGAAAAUACUCUGUGUAUAUGUAAAUCUUUAGUUAAGUUAGAGGAAAUAUUUUAAAUUCAAAAUAUUUUUUGAACCUUACUUAUAUUUUGAGAAGCCUCGUUACAAUAUGAAUCUACCAGUACUUAGUAAAAAUUAUAUAAUUUGUCUUAACUUAAUUAAUAGUAAACAGCAUUUAUAUACCAUCAUAAAUGGAAAAAAACUUAAAUUGACAAUAUUUCAUUCGAAUCUGUUUGAAUUUAAAAGUUUUCCUUAUAAUUAUCCUUGUCCAGUGAUAUUUUUAUAUAAGUACAUAUAGGAUACAUACCUACUGAAAUAAUAAAUAAAAUUAGACAAUAAUAUCAACAGAAAUAAUAAAACUGUGGGUGAUUUAUGAAAAAUAAAAUUGUGAGAUGACUAACGACAAGUUAACAUGUUUUUCAACCCCUAUAAUAUAGUAUAUUUCAUUAGGAGAGUAGUACAAAAUAACCUAGUAAAGCUACUUUGAGAUAAUGCUGAAUGUUAAUUAAUUAUUCUGAAUUUCUAGAAAGAAAGUGCCAAUUAUCACUUCUUUCUUUCUCUGUUCUUAUUCUUGAAUUUCUAGCGCUUUAUUUUAAAAUUUACAUUCAUGCGAUAGUAGCGCCUCCCUAACGUAAAGAAUUUUAUGGACACUCUGUAGCACAGAGAUGGUUCUCCUUACCUCUACCCUCCCUACUUUAAUGUAAGAUAUAUUACAAGCAAUAUUCGAAACAUAUCGAUAAUUAAAUUUCGAUUCCUGAAACUUUUCGAUUAUAGUAGUUAUACAACACUUAUAAGUGUAGUACCGUAAUGUAGGUCUCCCUAUUUUAACUUAAUUUUCUGUUUCAAUCGCCUAAUAAAUACUGUGUUAUAUAUAAGAAUAUUUUGAAUAUACGUAGUUAUUAAAGCAAGUCGAAAUAAUAUGAAUGUUACUCAAUUUCCUAUUCGGAUUUAAAUAUAUCAAUUCCUUGCUUUAAAUAAUUUGACAAAGUGAGUAUAUUCUUUGUUGCUGAAAUUAGGCCAUCAAACUAUAAGAAAUUUUCGUAAACUAUGGUCGCAUAGCAUAGCGCUACUAGUACCUACCGAAACCUUAACUUGGUAACUUAUUAUAUUUUUUUUAAUAUCAAAUUGAACUAUCCAAAUAUUUAUGUAAGUUGAAAAACUUUUACCCUUAAAUUAAAUUUUCUACGGAUGACAAAUCAAUAAGACCAACUGACCUUUUAUGACCAAUUUCUGGCCUUUCAAUGAUAUAAUUGUAUACUUUUGAGAUAGGGAACAUGUUAACAAUCGUUAAUACAAUAAAUUUUAAUGCAUUAUAAUUUAAUUUUUUAGUAUUUUUCAAAUCAAUUAACUAAAUUGUUAGUUAACACAAAAUUUGAAAUAUUGAAUCAGUUCUAUAGAUCUGUACUUCUUGCAAACAGUCCCUUAAGUUUGCUUAAAAAUCCUUCAAAUUCUUGAAUACAUUUGAUUACGCGUCUUGUAGUUAUGUAUACCCAUUUUAAUACUUAUUAUACCUACUGCCACUGUAAUAUUUGAUUUUUAAAUAAAUUUUAUAAUAAGUUG